CAGGGGCGGACUGAAAACUCACGGGGCCCCCAGGCAAUAGGGGAUCAUGGGGCCCCUGUGUCCUUGCCCAAACUCAAAAAAGCCUAUGAAAAAAGUACCGGGGCAUCUCAUGGGGCCCCCUACUGACCCCGGGCCCUCGGGCAGUGCCCGAGUUUCCAAAUGGUCAGUCUGCCCCUGCCUAGUACUGAUCCGAAGUCCCGGUCCACCAGAACAAAGAAUUUCUCAACCCGGGAAGUUUCUAGUCUCAGAAUAAUUCAUCCAUUUUGUAAAAUGUUGGCAAUAAUUUAUUUUAUUUUUUUAUGGCA